AUGGCACUGCGGUUCGAGGCCCUGUACCCAGAGGGGAUGUGUCCCGGCUGGAGCGUCGUGGUCAAGGGCGAAACCAGCUCCAGCACAAGCAUGUUUGAAAUUAAUUUCCUCAGUCAUCCCGGAGACCAAAUCGCUUUCCACUUUAACCCCCGCUUUGCCAGCUCCAGAAUCGUCUGCAACUCCUUCCUGGGCAACCACUGGGGGAGGGAAGAGGUUAAUAGCACCUUCCCCUUUGAAGCAAAGGAGCCCUUCCAGGUGGAAAUCUACUCCGACCAUGACUAUUUCCACAUUUUCAUUGUGGAACACAAAAUCUUGCAGUACAAGCAUCGGCAAAAACAGCUCUCAUCCAUCAACAAGCUGCAGAUUCUCAAUGAUAUCACCAUUUCUUCGGUGGAAAUCACCAAACGAGGCCUUUACUAG